GAAUUAUUGCUCUGAGAUUAAUUUGAUCAUCAGUUAUAGUAAGUCAAAAGUCCUGGUGUUCUCUAAAGCUUGUAAACAAUAUAGAUGGACCUUAAAUGGUAAUGCCAUUAAGCAAGUGGCCAGAACAAACUAUUUAAGCAUACAACUGUGGGAUAUUGGGUAGAACAGUGAAGGCAGGUGAGUUCUAGUCAGCUAGUUCUAGUCAGCAGCAGAUCCUAAGGUUUUCUAUAUGCAAGAGGGUCAAUAUAUCCCUUCUGCUAUUGAAAUUUAUAAGGCCAAGACUCUGGACCAACUUAUUUAUGGCAUCCCUAUUUGGAUACGUACUGGGAUUCAAUUCCCAAGUCGAUAAACUUCAAUCUGCCUUCUUAAGGAAACUCUUGGGCCUUCCAUCUUGCGUGGGUUUUGCUGCUAUCUAUCUGGAGCUGCACAUUCGAUCAUUAGAAUGUAAGGCAUGGAUCACGGCCUUUAAAUGGUGGCUAAAUCUACACUUUCUAGCAGUCCAUGGAAGUUAUAUCUCUCUACUGCUUAACAAUACCUAUAUUACGCAAUGGUAGAGAAAGAUGGAGAAGAAACUAUUUAAGUUAGAUUUUUCAGUAGAAGAUGUGGGUAGUUAUGAUUAUCAGGUUAAAUCCCUUGUUUAAUAGCCUUGGAUCUACAGCUCUUAAAAACUGCAGCUAAUAAAGGCUGCUCUCCACUGAUCUAUAAUAAAAUUAAUAAUUACGGACUCUUAAUUGGUCCAUCCUUGUAUGCAUUAUCCAUUCCAAAAUAUAGGAGAGCAUUCAUGUUAGCUCCCUUGAAUGUAUUGCCUUCAGCUAUACUAGAUGGGCAAUUUAGGGAAAUUCCAUUUAAUGACGGAACGUCCUUGUGGAAAUGAAGAAGCCAAAUCAAAUAAAUUAUUUUUCACUGCAGAAUGUAUGAUGAUUGUAGAAAGAAGUUAAUCUUUCCACUAAUAGGUGUCUAUCUGCAUGGUAGCCCCACAGAUUUGAUACUGACCUGCUUAGAGGGUGCGUCCACUUAUAUUACUGACAGGGUGUCUAAAUUUUUAUUGAUUGCUAUGAGAACUGGAGAGAAAUGUUGCAAUCACAUUGAAAGAAGGAUUAAUAUACUGUACUACAUACAGUUUUUUUCUGUAUGUUCUGUUUUCCCAUAAUCUUGCUGGUCUGAGACUGUAAUAACGAACGAUGAUGGUGAUACUUUUAUGAGGCCAACCAAACAUGGAGGGAGAGGAGAAGUCAUGAAAUUGCAUUCAAGCUUUCAGGGUAACAAUAACUAUGCUCCCUCCCAUUUCUUUCUACUGUUGGCUUAAUAAAAGUAUUAUCCUGGUAAGAGUGUUGGCUUUUCCUUAUUCAUCAACACCACUCUCUCUGGGAGUUCUCUAUCAUUGCUGUUACUGAUUCAAAAACAUGCUACCUCCAGAAUGUGAAAAUGUUACUUUCUGGAAGAAAAAAAAAUCCCAGAAUCUUCCAGCCCAAUAUGCCAAAACUGAGGCACUUGUGAAAUUGCCAUCCAAAAUAAAAUAAAACAAUUACAAAAUCCUUAGUUAACAUAUCACUAUCAUAACUAGUAGCCACUGAUAGUCUUAUUCUCUGUGUAUGUUGUAUAAUACCCUUUCACACUGACCUAAACUGAUGGUCAUCACUACACCUUGUGGGAGACAACUAUAUAAAUUAACUAUGUGCUGUGUUAAGUCUGUGCUUUCAUCUGAACAGAAUCUUUUGCCAUGCAGCUUUACUAGAUGAGUUCAGAUUCUGGUAGUAUGGAAGUGAGAUGAAAAAUAUUUUUGAGUUCUUCAUAAUUGCUUUUUGUUUUAGGAUAUCUAAAAAAUUUUAGAUCUUUGUGACUGAAAUGUUUAUCCAAACUAUAUGACCAGAUGAGAGGAGUGUUUAUCUUACGUUCCAGUCUACAAGACUAGAUGAGAGUUAUCUGCUAGCAACAGACUACAGCUCUAAUAUCUGCAUGAAGACUCUGGUGCAAUUGCUAUGCUACUCCAAGACUUCCUCUUUAGUUUGCGCUUUCUUUAUUCCAAUACAUACUUCAGAACCAUGGACACACACAAAAAGUACGCAGAAUUAAAAGAAAACACACCUAAAAUGUCAAGACAAUCAGACUAUUCCUGACUAGAAGCUGUCAGGAUUUGAGUUGUGUGCAGAAACUUUUCCUCAACUUCAGUCAUCAUCCAGGGAGUCGGUGUCCAUGAAGUGGAUGUGUUGGUGCUGUUUCAGCGCAACUCUUCUGGAAGCAAAGGAUUUGUGUGCUGCGUGCCACUGCAGAACGCCCGAGUUAUACUCGCAAACCACGCGUUUCCAUUCCUUCUAUGCUGUUUGAUACAGGAAUACUUUUUAAUACAGUACCUACCUUUAAAUUUGUUCAAAUAAAUAAAUAUCCUAAAAUUCUGUGUAUCCAUUAACGUCGAAGGCUUAAAACCCCAUCCCAAAUACGGGUACAGUAGUAAGUUCUAUUUCGUCCUAAAAUUAGUCCACGGCUUUCCAAUUCAAAUACAUUUGUAGAUCCCUUGCCUCAAUUUAUCGCACUUCUCACGACGAGAUCCGCCUCGUACAGAAGUGAAGGCAGCAGGGUGCAGUAGCUGCUUUUAGAAGGGAAGGGUGGGUAGAUACGCUCGCUUCCCUCCGCAGGCAGGAAGAGCUUUGCAGCCUCUUUCAGGCCGAGAGCUUUAAGCGGUGAACGCGAUCGCCCCGUGGACUGAAAUGGGAGCACCGGAAGCUCCUUCCCUCUGUCUCCAGUUGUGUGAAUUAUACGUGGGCAGCAGCUGUAAAAGUCAAGGUGCAAAGACACUGAACGCUCUUCGCCUCGUACAAUUCCAGGGAACCCAUUGUUAUCAUCCGGCCUGAUACCCUUCGAUCCCGGAAAUGCUUUCUAUGGCAAAUCAGCAAAGCGAUAGAGUCGCAGGUGUUAACUUCCGUUGCCGCUGAGAGUUAAUGAACGGCGCGGUUGAAAGUAACGUUCAAAUUGCCUGCUGCUUGAACUUUCUGUGGUUUCCUUGUUUCUUUACUGCUUCUGCAAAGAUCUCAGAAAAUGUUCCAUCUUUUCCAACGUUUCCAAAUUCCUUCCAAGGUAGUGUAUCAUCAAAGACUUCUGCAGCUGGGAAGGAGAGAGAUCAUCUACUCUGCUUAUUCUUCUAGUUGUCGUCUGCCAAAACUUCAGCUGCUAAGACAGGCACCUGCCAGCAUAAUCAAAGCACAGGACUUCCACCAUUCUGGAUGCAGCUGGAAAAAAAAGAAGCUUCCAGAACCUGAGCUAAACAACCUCAGUUUGGCAAGGUGUAACAUACUAUCACUCAAGGACUCUCCAAAGCCUGCCCUUUAUUUGGGUUUUGCAGGAUUAAUACCGUUUGUUUCAAUGCCAUUAAUAAUGGCUAUCCAGCAGGUCUCUUACUCAGAAUUAGUGUUUGCUCAGAUUGCAUAUGGUGCGUCUAUACUAUCUUUCCUGGGAGGGAUCAGAUGGGGAUUUGCUCUUCCAGAAGGCAGCCCUGAGAAGCCUGAUUGGUUUAAUCUGUUUCUUGGCAUAGUUCCUCCAUUAAUAUCCUGGCUUGCUUUGCUUUUAUAUAGUGCUACUGAAGCUGGAUUCAUGAUUAUUGUAGGAUUAGGAAUAGCCCUACAUAAUGACCUUGCAUUCUUUCCCACAUAUCCCAGCUGGUUUAAAGGCCUGAGGAUAAUCUUAACUAUAGUGGCUGCAGGUUCCCUAUUGGCCACAAUAUUUAUUAUGAACUUUUUCCCUGAGAAACAUCUAUCUGAUACUAUAAGGGGAACAAAUAGCAAAUUGAAAUGAAUGAACAAAAUAAUAAUAAUAAUUAAUAAAUAACAUUUUAAAAAAAGGAAGUGGCCCAUGUACUAGAGGGGCUUAUUCACAAGACUGUCGUAUGAAAAUAUGUAGCUUGAAAGGAAGGUUGCUGUGAGAGGAAAAUGUGGCUGAGUUCUUUGUAUCUAUAACUGUAGACCACUGGUUCUUAACCUUGGGUUAUUCA